GGGAAAGUGACGCAGAAUAUUCGCCGGAAUCUUCGUCGAUUUUCUGCGGACGACACGCUUCGCGAAAGUCGCCGCUACCGAUCCGAGAAACGACGGAGAUGAUCGCUACCAGCUCGUGCAAGGUUUGAUGCGACCGGUACACGCCACCGAACCGUGGCCACUCCUCGGCACAGGGGUUGAUUCCUCCCUCCGGACUCACGGACAGUUCCUGGCCGGGGGUGACUACUCCUGGAUCGUACACAGUGCUCGCGUGUCCACGGAAAACUAAUUCACCGAGUGACGGUGCUUGCUCGCAGCAAGCACUCGACAACAGUUGCCAGUGCACGGUGUUGCUCGUGACAGGUAUUCGCGCGUUGCUUCUGUGUCUCGUUUACUUUGUCGUGGGACCGAUACACCUGUCGUCCUCCUUUUGACACUCUUUCAAAAGUUUCCCUUCACGAGACGCAUCCGUGAGAAUGGCGGGUAACAGCGUUCCGGUUCUACUGGUCACUGCGAACGUUGGCAGUAUUUUCGAGGAGCCUAGCGUGAUGUUAAAAAUUUGGACGGAAGAAUUUUUAUCUACUAUAUUGAGGCUGGAUCCAAAGUUUAUUGCACUGCACUGCCAAGAAGUGGGUGGAAAAAAUUAUGAAGAAAGUAUGAGGCACGUGGAAGACUUUGUUAGGUUACUUAUGUCUUCUGAAGAAUUAAGGCUGUUUGACAAAAUCAGAGUAUUUUUAGACGAAGAUUAUUCAUCUGCUGAACAUUUUACGGCUCUUGGAAAUUUUUACUUUGUGCACGAAUCUUUGAAAGAAGUUUUAUUAUGGGACUUCCAAGAAUGUACUUUUGUACCAGUAAGCGGGAAAGAGGUUCAUUCCGGUAAUAUAGAAGCAGUUGCAACCAAAGAAAAAGCAAAGUUUCCACAAGAAUUUUUUCCAGAAUGUAAAUGGUCUAGAAAAGGAUUUCUAAGAACACGAUGGAGUAUUAGUGGAACAGUUUUUGAUCUCAUAAACAUACACUUAUUUCACGACGCCAGUAAUUUCAUUGCUAUGGAAACGUUCCCAUCUGUAUACAGUAAAACGCGCAGAAGAGCGCUCGAGCAUACAUUAGAUAGGUUUCACAAUGAUAAAUAUCCAAAUGUACCAUACUUUUUAUUCGGAGAUUUUAAUUUUAGGACGGACACAGCUAGCGUAAUCAAAAAACUUACAGAGGAUACUCGAUUAAGAAGAAGAUUAUCGGACGAUGGAAAGCUUUCAAAGUUGCAAUUCAUCAAUCACGACGAUGAUCUCGUACUAGAUUUAGGAAAAAAAGUAUUUUCCCAUAUGGAACAUCAAGACGUCUUUAUGGAAAAUAGUGGAAAAUGGCUACGUGAAUAUGACAGAGAGCUGGAAGACUUUGAUGGAAGGCUACUUGAAUUUCCGAUCGAAUUUGUACCCAGUUAUCCGUUUAAGGAAGAUAUCAACGAAGGUACGAAUUAUAUGGAGACAAGAGUUCCAGCUUGGUGCGAUCGAGUUCUAUUGAGUCCUACGGCGAAAACUCUAGUCCAAGAUACAUCAUCGUCCGACUCUGUACAAUACGGGAUAAUAGGUCCGACAACCUGCAUGGGUGAUCAUAAGCCAGUCUACUUGAGGGCUAAUCUCGCCUUGGACAAAGGUAUGAUAAACUGCUGCAGCUUGCCACGCGCACCUGAGUUUUGCUUUCGAGUGCCAAAGAAUUACGAGGAAUUGUUGUCCAUGUUGCCUGACGAUAGUAGUUGCGUUAGAGGGCGGAUCAAUUACACGGACCGUUCGACUAAUCUGUUGCACGCAGUACCCAUCAAGCAUGAUCCUUACACUCCCGAUAGCAUGGACAGCCCGAGUCCAAAUGCUAUUAUAAUAGCCUCGAGCGACGUCCCCGACGUAGACAUAGGUAAUAUAAACGAAUACGACGAGAACGCGACCGCGGUGGCUUCCGCGCGUGCGACUAGCAUCGCAAGACGCGUCGACAGAGCCGUGUCGCCGGCACUUUUGAAAUCGAAGCUAGAACUGAUCGUACGCAAUAAGAAACAAGAGUCGACGGACACGGAACAGGAUCCCGCCGAUAUAAAACGGAGUCCAAGCGAUUGUUGUUUACGUUCGUGGCCCAAGAGCGAGGAACGACAGUGGUCCGUGCGCACGGACAGAUGCAACAGCGACGUUUCGUGGCAGAGGUCGCACCUCCUUACUCAAGCAUGGAUUCAGGGUAAAGGACAGCAAGGGUACCACUCCUUCGGCGAUUUUAUUAAUAGGUCGUCCUUGAAUUCAAUACCGUCGGACGGUGUCGAGGGUUUGCCGCCCGACUUGAUCAUACCGAGGAUAUCGAUCAUAAACGCGAGUAAUUUCGAGUCGAACGAGAGUUCCGUGUAUAUGCACGACGACAAGUACAGCAGUUACUCGGAUAACAAGCUGAGCACGUACUCGGACGGUAGAACGAAGAGCUUGAGCGGCGAGGCGUUCAGCUCGGAGAAGUCCGACGAGCUUUGCGACAAGAUGGACGACGAGAGCAACAGACUGAACUCGAGGAAAAUGGGUAUCAAGGCGGACGUGUAUCUGCAGGACAUUGGCGAGCUUCUGACGAAUCAAGAUCGCGCGAUGAUGGUUAGUACAAAUCUGUUCCAAGUGGGGGGCAAACCGGAGGGGAACAAGAUACGCGAUGUCAAGGAACAACGUUUGAAUGAAAUUGCAGAUACCGUGCAGAAAGUGAAGCAUAACGAUAGAGAGGAUCAAUAUGCACUCAUAGAGGAUAAAGUCCAUGAUAAAUCUAGUAUUAAAAGCAGAAGCGUGGAAACGUCUGAGAGGAGCGAACACGCUUCUCCGCGGUUACGAGAGACGGAUGUUCGUCUCGAGACCGUGCAAGAUAAACCCUCGAAAACAAAGGCGGAAUGUAUGAAAGCGGAGCAGACGAAUUGCAACAGGAUAGAUGUGUACAACGAAGCGGAAAUUCUGGGAUGUGAAAGCAAAUCUUUGAGAGAGACCGUGAAAAGUAGUUCUCUGCAUAGCCAGGACACUAGCGAUAACACUGGGAACGUUAAAUUGAAAUUGAAGGCGUACAAAGUCACGGAGAGAUGUAAACGUAAUAUCGUCGGGAAGAAGGACAAGAUGAACGGGGAUCCUGAAUCGAGUACGAUGUAUGGCUUAAGCAGCCGCGAGUUACUCAACAACAAUAACAUCAACCACAGCGGCAGCAACAACAACAACAACGGCGCAACAACCAUCACAAGAUACAUACACAUUAAGCACGCGGAUUCGUCGGUAAAAAUCUUCCGGGAAACGACGGUCUGAUACCGAAUCCGUCGUUCGAAUGCAGAAGCUGCGUAAAACUGAUAUUUCACGUCCGCGUCGCAAUACUUUCGAAACGUUCCGGUAAUCGAAUCGACGAUUAUCGAUUCUAACCUAUCGAUCGGAUUCGACCGGCCAAUUGUACGGGCACCGUGAAUCCCGUCUUCGAAUGCAUCGCGAAACGCUAGCGUGUAAAAACGAGGUCGCGAAGCGGGGUAAAGUCGCACGACAUAACGUUAAUAUCGCGAUUAGAGUGAAAAUACUUUGUACGACGGACGACUAAGGCUAGUUUCCCGCUAGGCGAACCUGUGACAACUGUCGCGUUCGCCGGGCAGCGUCCUCGGUGGAAACUGUUUUUGCGCGCGUACACAGAAAGGCGGUCCCGCUUACUUUGGGUACGUUUACACGAAAUUUGAUACGCUGUUGGCGGACCGAUCGUUCGUGUACGAACUUCUUGAAUAAUGGAACCAGAUUUACAAUGCCUCGACGCAACAAAACCGAGCCCCUGCAUACAAAUAUUUAACCUAAAACCGGUUGAUAUUCUGUAAUUUCUUUCACUUCGAAAAGCUUUAACCUUUUUCAAUACAUGCCAAUACUUUCGUCCAUGCAUAAGAUGAUCUUAUAUUGAUUUUUACCGGUAUAUAGAUGAAAAAAUUGGUGCUUUCAGCUAGAAAGUCACUCAGUACGUUUCUGUCGAGUAUUUAAAAUCCAAUCAAGUAUAUCUGGUGACAUUAUUUUAAAAUAUUGAAUUAAGGGCGUGAAUACACUUGUAGAACGUUCAAUGUCGUUAGAUGUGUUAUCGAGGUACGAUUGUUAGUGAGGGGUAAACGAAGAGUUAACAUUGUAAGUUGCGAACGUAUUUGGAAUCGUUGAUCCUCCGUUGGCCGCGUGACACGUGUCCUCCGAUCCUAUGUUACUCUUGUGGGGGCUCCCACUCGCGCGACUAAAGGAGGGUUUAACCUAAACGAAACGUAUCUGUCGAUACAAAUGCGCGUGCGACGAUAACUGUAUUUUACUUUUUAAGUGUUUCGGUGUUCCUACACUUAUAUUAUACUCGCGAAGAGUUCUUCCCGUAAAGACGAGCAGAGAUUUACGAUAGUGUCUUCACAGGGCAUCGUUUGAUGUGAUAUUGCUGUGGCACCUCACUUUGUCCAUCUUCGUUGUUAAAGCUGGGGAGAAUAGAGUUGCGCUACGAUUGCUGCCAAAACCGCUCGAGUUAACUUUUUCCACCGAAUUCGUACAGUUUUUAUCGAGAUAUCGGUGUUUUAUCGUUUCGUUGGAGAAAGUUGAACGAGCAUCAGCUCCGAAAUCGUAAACGGACGAUUACGCGCGAUAAUGUUAAUGCUACUUCGUAUGUAACGAUUCGUUUACGGCUUCGAUGAUUCAUGCACGCGUGUGCGUUCCUAUCGAUACAUUGGCGUCGCUUCCAUGAUGAAUCCGUCGCGGUCGAACGUAACUGUGCUUUUUUUAAUCGUAUACGAUCCGAACGAAACCCGUUCGACGCAUCGAAUAGAGUUGGCAGUCUACGACGCAAUUUAUUCCAAGACAAUUUUCGAUUCACGAUAGUUUCUCAAUCCGAUCCAGUUUGGACUAAAGGGUAUUGGCUCAAGGGCACUUUUGACCAUCUUAUCCGGCCAUACCCUUUGCGAGUACAUUCCACUAGCGUAACCACUAGCGAGUGAACUCGACGCCGAGAAAAAUGA